GCCCUAUAUAUAUAUAUAUAUACCCCGGGCAGCACAGUCUCCUGUUUGGUUACAUUGAGAAGUCUUUGAACAUGGCCGUCAACGGCGCUUCCAUUCUCACCUCCGGAGAAAAGAUCAGGAUCAAAGAAAAACAUCGGAUACGGAAACCAAUGGUGGAGAAGAUGCGGAGGGAUCGCAUUAAUUUCAGCAUUAAUCAGCUCAGGAGACUCUUGGAGCAGGAAUUCCAGCUUCUGCAACCAGAUUCCAAGCCAGAGAAGGCUGACGUUCUGGAAAUAGCCGUGAAGCUUCUCAGGCAACAGACCUCCUGCCUUCCAAAUGACAACAAACCAGUUCUCAGAAGAGACAGCUUAGAAUACAGUCGUGGAUUCUCCAAAUGUCUUCGGGAGACCGUGUCCUUCCUAUCCUUUCAUCAGAUCAAGGCGGAAACUCAAGUUAAGUUAUUACAUCACUUUCACCAAUCAGAAGCCCCUCGUGGAGUUCAGAGCCACCCCAGGAGGACCUUGAUGUCUUCUCCUAACCAGCAGAAGCAAGAGCUGCUCCCCACCAGCGCCAAGCCGCUCUGGAGACCCUGGUAGAAGAUCCCAAAGGACCUUGUUAUAUUGAAGCAUAUCAUAUUGAUAUGAGUAUUCUGUCUAAUUAAGAGGGGGUUCUGAUUAUCAAUCAGUGCGACCCCCUCUUUCCCGUAGAGACUGUGUCUCCAGUAACUUCCCCGAUGGAAGAUUAACCCCUUCGGUAUUUGCUUCAUAAUGAAGAAACGAUUAUAAAUCAAUGUUGUGAGACUUCGAAAGUCUGCCACGAUCUGAGCAACCCUUUUCAUUCUGGUAAAUAAAAUAAUUUUAGAAUAUUUCUUUAGUGAUGGUUUUGAGGAGCCUGUGGCUUUACGUGCAUCCCACCAAUAAAGCCGUUAUUUUGGGGAGAUUCAUUGUAUUUUUUGGUGCACUUGAUAUAAACGUGAUCAGAUUUACAACA